AUGGCCUCCUUGGAAAGCGCAAUCACCGGCGCUGUUGCGUCUUCUUUGGCCAAUGUAUUAGUCUACCCUCUGGACGUGGUCAAGACCUUAAUUCAAACACAAAACAAAUCCAGCGGGGAGGCCACUGUCGAUGCAGAGGGGGCGGGAAAGCGAGAGACCCAAGAGACCCGCUAUAGGAAUACCCUUGAUGCUAUAAUCAAAAUUAUCAAGAACAGGGGUAUUGGCGGACUGUACCGAGGCCUUCCUGCGUCUAUCGUAGCUGGGUUUUUGCAGAGCUUUUCCUACUUCUUCUGGUACAGCGUGGUCCGGAAAAGCUUCUUUCGGUUGAAGCUCCUCAAGGGCAAGAUCACCAAGUUUUCAACGCCAGAAGAGCUACUUCUAGGGAUUGUGGCUGCGGCAGUCUCCCAAGUAUUCACAAACCCAGUUGGGGUUAUUUCGACCAGGCAGCAAACCCUGGAAGGCAACAAUAAAGCCAAGUUCGUGGAUGUUGUUAGACAGAUUUACAAGGAACAGCAAAACAUUAGUGGAUUCUGGAGGGGCUUAAAGGUUUCUUUGAUUCUGACAAUCAAUCCCUCGAUCACAUUUGCAUCAUAUGAAAGGCUCAAGGACAUAUUCAUUUCCUCGAGCGCCCAGUCACAAAACGACGGUAAACUCAUGGAAACUUCAGCUCAGCUGAGCCCGGCACAAAACUUCGCUUUAGGGUUCAUUUCCAAGAUGAUUUCAACUCUGAUUACUCAACCAUUGAUCAUCUCUAAGGCGUACUUGCAACGCACAGGCUCGCAAUUCCAAUCAUUUCAGCAGGUACUUCAUUACUUAUACACACAGGAAGGAUUUUUGGCCCUCUGGAAGGGUAUCGCUCCCCAAUUGUGUAAAGGUCUUUUAGUCCAAGGGUUGUUGUUUAUGUUCAAGGGCGAGCUCACCAAGCUGAUGAGAAGACUAUUUCGGUACAUAAAAGCAAACCGUCGCGCCCGACUGGCUUAA